UCACUUGCGCUGUUUACUGUUCUUUCUUCUUUCCACUCUCCGCUCUGCGUUCUCUCUCUGAAACUAAACCCUUUCCCCUCACUAGUUUCUCUAUAGAAUGCUUCACUCUCCAGCCCUCCGCGAUGGCCGAUCUCUCUAUUUCUGAGCGAAUUUCGAGUCCCUUUUCAAUGGCAAACCUCUGUAAUUACUAAUUCAGCUCAGAAAUUUUUUUUUUUUAAGUUUAUCCAAAAAACAUUAAUUUGCUGAAGGCAAAAAGGAAAAACUGUUUUUGGGUCAACUUUUAAGUUAAUUUAAUUCUAAUUUAAGCUUCAAGUUGUUAAUUUGCGGUGUUUUAGGAUUAGUUUUUGGGAAUAAAAGUGUGUGUAUAGAUAGAGGUGUAGAUAUAUACAUAUAGAUAGACGUAUAUUUAUAUGUAUGUAUAGGUCGGGAUGAUUACCGAUAGCUAUUCGAAGAUGAUGUCGGAAAUCGGAAUGCGAUCAUCGAUGAUGCGAGGAAGCGACGACUACAGUGAAGAGCUGGAGAUGUUGCUGAGAGAGCAGCACCGGAGGCAACAAGAGGCUAGUGAUAUCGAGAGGGAGCUCAGCAUUUUCAGGAGCGGCUCGGCUCCUCCCACUGUUGAAGGAUCGCUGAGCGGCUUGUUUGGCGGAGGCGCUUCUGGCGGUCGUGGAGGUUUGUCUGAGGAGGAGAUUAGGUCUGAUCCGGCGUACAUUAACUAUUACUACUCGAAUGUCAACUUGAACCCUCGGCUUCCGCCUCCUCUUUUGUCUAAAGAGGACUGGCGGUUUGCGCAGAGGUUGCAGGGCGGUGUUGAAGGUGGAAGUGGGGGUGGAGGGGGAGGCAGUUCAGCCACCAUUGGCGAUAGGAGGAAAGUGGUUGGAAACAGCGGCGGUGAUGGAGGAAGUAUUAAUAGGUCACUGUUUUCAAUGCAGCCGGAGUUUGUUGGGAUGAAAGAAGAGAAUGUCAUGGACCCUCAGAAGGAAUGGGGUGGUGACGGACUUAUUGGUUUGCCAGGACCGGGAUUAGUAAGGCGGCAGAAGAGCUUCGCUGAAAUAAUCCAGGAUGAUGCAAAUCAGACGUUACCAGUUUCUGGUCAUCCAUCUCGUCCGGCCAGCCGUGCAUUUGAUAACAUUCUUGAAUCUUCUGAUCCUCAAAUUGCUCAUCUACAGCAGGAAUUGACAUCAGUAGAUUCAUUACUUUCUGGUGCAAAUAUUCAGGGAAUUUCUGCAGUCCACAAUGUUGGCUCAUCAGCUUCUCAAAGUUAUGCUUCCGCUCUGGGUGGUUCAUUGUCGAGAAGUACCACUCCAGACCCACAUCUUGUUGCAAAAGCUCCUAGUCCUCGCAUUCCUCCAGUUGGUGGGGGAAGAGUGAAUUCAGUGGAUAAAAGAAAUGCAAACAUCUUGAAAUCAUCGGAUGAUAUUUUACCAAAUAUAGAUGUAUCGGCAGACAUUGCUGCUGCUUUGUCUGGUAUGAGCCUUUCAGCAAAUAACAAAAUAGAUGAAGGGAAGCAUCUGGCAUCCCAAAUUCAUCAUGAGAACCUCUACCAUUUGCAAAAUGAUCACAAUCCAGUUAAACAUCAUUCCCUUUUAAACAAGCCUGAAACAAUGCAGUUUCACAAAUCUGCUGUGCCCUCUGUUGAGUCAUAUAUGAAGGGACCUUCCUCAUUGACUCUUCAUGGUGGAGGAAACUCACCUUCUCAGUAUCCAAAUAUUGAUAGCCCAAAUGCCUCCUUUGCAAACUAUGCCUUAAGUGGUGGUGCUAUGAAUCCUGGAUCACCGUCCAUGUUGGGGAACCAGCUUGGUGGUGGCAAUCCGUUGCCUUUGAUUGAAAAUAUUGCUGCUGCAAGGGCAAUGGGUGUUGACUCCAGAGGAGUUACUUUAGGGCCUAAUUUAUUGGCUGCUGCAGCAGAGUUGCAGAACCUUGGUAGAGUUGGUAAUCAAAAUUCCGCUAGUGCUUUGCAAAUGCCUCUGAUGGAUCCAUUGUAUCUUCAAUACUUGAAAUCAACCGAGUAUGCAGCUGCACAUGCUGCAGCUCUUAAUGAUCCAAUGCUUGAUAGGGAGUCUGUAGGAAACUCAUUCAUGGAGCUGUUAGAGAUGCAGAAAUCUUACCUUGAGACAUUGCUCUUACAUCAGAAAUCACAUUAUAGUCUUCCCUAUCUUGGCAAAGCUGGUAAUCUAAAUCAUGGAUACUAUGGAAACCCUGGAUUUGGUCUUGGAAUGUCUUAUGCUGGAAACCAACUGGGGGGCCAACUUCUUCCAAAUUCUCCAAUUGGAUCUGGCAGUCCAGUCAGGCAUGGCGAACGAAACAUGCGUUUUCCUUCAGGGAUGCGAAACUUCACUGGAAAUGUUAUGGGAUCAUGGCAUUUGGAUCUUGGGAGUGGCUUGGAAGAAAGUUUUGCGUCAUCAUUACUGGAUCAGUUCAAAAGCAAUAAAACUAAGUGUUUUGAGCUUUCAGAGAUUGCUGGCCAUGUUGUUGAGUUCAGCGCGGAUCAGUAUGGAAGUAGAUUUAUUCAACAGAAACUUGAAACAGCAACUACAGAAGAGAAGAAUAUGGUCUUCCAUGAGAUUAUGCCGCAAGCACUUUCGCUGAUGACUGAUGUUUUUGGGAAUUAUGUGAUCCAGAAGUUUUUUGAACAUGGAAGUCCAGCACAGAUUAGAGAACUGGCUGACCAGCUUAAUGGCCAUGUUUUGGCACUUAGCCUUCAAAUGUAUGGCUGCCGAGUGAUCCAGAAGGCGAUAGAGGUUGUCGAUCUAGAUCAACAAACAAAAAUGGUCGCAGAGCUCGAUGGCCAUGUUAUGCGCUGUGUACGCGAUCAGAAUGGCAAUCAUGUAAUUCAGAAAUGUAUUGAAUGUAUUCCUGAAGACGCCAUUCAAUUCAUUGUUUCAGUUUUCUAUGAUCAAGUUGUGACAUUAUCAACUCAUCCAUAUGGUUGUCGGGUUAUACAGCGAGUACUUGAGCAUUGCUGUGAUGCAAAGACACAAAGCAUAGUAAUGGAUGAAAUUCUGCAAUCUGUUUGCAUGCUAGCACAAGAUCAAUACGGGAAUUAUGUUGUUCAGCAUGUACUAGAGCAUGGAAAGCCCGAAGAGCGUACUUCUAUAAUUACUAAAUUAAUUGGACAGAUAGUCCAGAUGAGCCAGCAAAAGUUUGCCUCAAAUGUCGUGGAGAAGUGCUUAACUUUUGGAACUGCUGAGGAACGCCAGACCUUAGUGAAUGAGAUGCUUGGUUCAACUGAUGAGAAUGAGCCCCUUCAGGUAAUGAUGAAAGACCAGUUUGCGAACUAUGUUGUACAGAAAGUGCUGGAGACUUGUGAUGACCAGCAACUUGAACUGAUUCUUAAUCGAAUAAAGGUUCAUCUGAAUGCGCUGAAGAAAUAUACCUAUGGGAAGCAUAUAGUUGCCCGUGUGGAGAAACUUGUUGCUGCUGGAGAGAGGAGGAUAGGCAUCCUUUCUUCAUGUUCUGCUGCUUAGAUGGCAUAGGAAGGAAAUUGUACAGCUAACAGAGGCUAAUAUGAGAGCUGCCUUCUUCAAUUUUCUUGUCUGGCUUUGGUUCUAUCCGUUAUUUUGAUGGAUGGAGCUUUCUAAAAAUAAACUUGUUGGUUGUACUUAAAAAACUUGUACAUUUUUAGUUUGAAUAUAUACCUAGAAUUGGUUAGGUGAGGCUUUAAUGGUGAACGAACCUGAUGCCCCUGCAGAAAUCAUAAAAUUACUGUAUUAAGUUAUGUAAGGGUGUAAAGAGGAGGAACGUGUAGUGAAGCGGAGGUCGUGACUGUACAAAUCAUGCCAUGUGCAGAGCCUGUGGUGUAGUAGGAGGCCAGAAGUUUUCUGAUGUAUGGAUUGGUGGAUUUUCGUUAAAAGAAUGUUUUUAAUCUUCUUAUUACUU